UAUCACAACAAAAUUUAUAACAAAUAUUGUUGAAAAACUUAAAACAUUCCUUUCAAAUAUCCACGUAUUUACAAUUUGCAUUUAUAGCACGGUGCAUACAUAUCGCACAUGUAUAAACGUCAUCUUGACAGUGACAUUUGCUAUGGAGCACUUACCCAUUUCGUUUUGUUGUGUUCUGUGUUUUUAUGUGGUGAUGGAGAGACCUAAUACGAAAUAGAAAUUUAAAUCACUUAAAAUUUGAAAUAUACUCUACUAGACUAUCUGUAGCGAAAUUUUUCUUGAAAUCGUUGCACAAUACUUGAUUCUUUGGCGUUUUCAAACCAGCCCCGUGUUUAGGAAACUACAUUGAAAAUGACAAUCUGAAAUUAUUUUUCGGCGCUCACAAAAUUGUUUUAUCGUUCAUUUCGUAUAAUUUUUCCUUCAGUUGUAAAGGUUCAAGCGCGACACUGACACCGAUAAUAGACGUGGGACCAGCAUUAUACAAAAAUAUUUUCAGUAUUCAGAAAUGAACCCUGAAUACGGUUCUGAUAAAUUCCCGUUGAUGUCAAAUGUCAAAUUGAACCUGAACUUUCAGUUUUGUACUUGUAAUGUUUUCCUUAUUUUGUAUACAAAAAUAAUUUUUAUCCUCAUAAUUUUGGACUUAUAUCAAUCAUCUAACGCACAAAGUGCCAAGACUUAUAAUAAAAAUUUAGUGUUUUUGGUGCCGCUGAAAAGGUAGCGUAAUGGAAAACCUGUGAUGGUAUUUUUAUAUUCAUAAAAAUGUAAUCAGCUGACUCCUUGGCAGUAACAAAUAAUUAUUUAUGAUCAAAACGUAAACUACUAAUUAUAAUUUACUAUAGAGCUUCACAUUCAAAAUAUAUAAUACGAGAACUAUGUAGGAGGAGGUAGUGUACUAUUGGAGAAAAUGUUGGCACUAAGCUGAAGAAAAAUGAACUUGCAAACUUUAUUUCAAGAUUUCAAUCCAAGCAAAUUUGUUGUGCAUACAUGUUUACUGACUUUCACUAUUCUUUUUGCCUUGAAAUUGGACAACUACCUAACAUGGUCAUACUGGACAAUAUUCACACCAAUAUGGAUAUGGAAAAUUUUAGUAAUUCUGGGAGCUACUGUAGGUAGCUAUGUUUGGUGGAGGUACCCACAUUUUAGGCUAGAAGGAGAGGCGUAUAUACAUUACAAAUCAAUGCUAAUAUCACUUGCAUUGCAUUUGAUAUUGUUGAUGUUCGAGUUACUUGUUUGUGACAACCUAGAAUCAAAAAGACACUUAUGGAUUUUAGUGUUCAUCCCAUUAAUUUUUAUAUCUAUUGUUAGUAUUGCUAUAUGCAUAUGGGCUGUGAAGCAUGACAGGUCAUUUGAGCUGGAAUUGUUUUGCGCCGUUAACGUCCUCCAAUUUAUAUUCCUCGCAUUAAGACUAGAUGAGUUCAUAAUGUGGUCCUGGGAAGUUGUGUUCGUGCCAUUGUGGAUUGUUAUGUGCUUAUCAUUAGUAGGAGUAUUAUACACAAUCAUUUUCGCAGCUAUAUUGUUAAGAACGCCAGAAGUUAACGCUCAACAGAGAAGGAGCAGUAUCAAUUCGGCUCUUGGUUAUUGGUUUUUGGUUAUACCCAUACUUGUGUUUCAGGUAUUGUUAGCAGACAAACUAGAUGAUGAUAUCAGAAUAUCAUACAUAGCAGUUGUUAGUCCAUUGUUCGUAUCUUUUACAACCUUAAUUUUAAUGUCUUUUAGUGCCAAAGGAGGAAAUAAAUGGUGGUUCGCGAUGAGAAAAGACUUCUGUAGCUUUGUGCUAGGCGCAUGUCCGAUCCUCCAAGAGUACGCCAACAUAGGGUACCACAGCGAAAGGCGUACGAACAGAGUGGAAAUGGAACAAGUGCAAAAGAACGAAAAGAUAUUUAAACGAGCAGAUCUAUUAAAGCCCGUCCAGCCAAUCGUUUCAAUCGAAAUGCCAGACUGAUGAGAUCUGGUGAAAAUAAAAUAAAUUUCAAGGUACACUCGAAAUGGAUGAGCGUGAGCGCUACUUGGAGCCACGAUGAAGUAUUCGCUGCUAAACUGAAUGUGGAGCAUAAAAAAUGAUGAGUGUUCGAACAAAUAUUUACUGUAUACAGGGUGUAUCAUAAUUGUGUUGUUUGUCGUUUUGCAUACGAAGUAGAAAUGUUAUAGGUUUGUAAAUGGUGCUGAUCUCUCAAGUGUCUGUUAUUAUGUUAUAGAACAAAAUAAAACUUUAUUUAACGUUGACAGAACACUUUUAAUAAUUUUAGCAUGGUAUAUAUUGCAAUUGUUGAAAUAUUACUAAGAUCAUUUAGUUCACAACAUUUAUCACGUAUGUGCUCACCUACCCUGCGUUGUUUUAAACUGUGAUUAUAUAUUUUUUAAGUGGCUAGCUCAUUAUUAAAUCUGUUGACAUUUGGAUUCCAAUUUUAAACAAAAUUUGUCGAAUACUGAUGAAUUAAUAUCCAGCAAACAAAGUACAUGGAGAAAAAAAUACGAUCAUUAUCGACUUUUUAAUGUAUUGUCGAAAAUGUUAUCUAUCUAAUACUUUAUGCAUGUUAGACGUAUGUCACACGAUGAAUAUUUCCUGUGAUCCGGCAGUUUUUAUUAUGGAAUGUGAUAUUUAUGUAGCCAGGACGUCCGUAAUUAAUUAUUAAUGUGUAGGGCUACGUUGGUUAAAGAAAAUUCCAAAUUACAACAUAUAUAUAUAUAUACACCCGUUUUGAGUAGAAAAAAGCUGGUAUACUAAUAAUAAAAUUAAAAUUCAUUAUACACAGCGCUGCAAAUGCUGUAUAACAUAUCAUGGUUAUUUGUAUUGGUAACAUUUAUUCUUAGUGUAAUUAUGUAUUUAUAGUUUUUCUAUACACAAGGGGUUGCUUUUGUGGAUUGAAAUUUAUCCAGCAUGGUGUAUAUUAAUGUGAAUAAAUUAUCAUUCAUUUACUGAUGGAAUGAUCAGUAAAUACUGAUAUCAUAGUAAAUACUGAUUGUGUGACAUUCUCCUAACAGUUUUCAAUGUUCUGCUGCUUGUCAGAAAAACUUUGUUGAUUUCAUUGCUAGUUGUGACACACCUUGUAUACUUAAUCUAAAGUAGGUUGUUUACGACAGUUGUAUACAAAAUUUUAAUAAAACAGUAUUUUUCCUGUACCUUAUCAACUGUAUUUUUAUUUUUAUGCUUCAUAUUCUUUAUUUUGAAACAAUGUGAUAUUUUUGACGGUCAUCCGAUUAUUUUAAGCUGUCCUUGUGUGAUUAUAUUGUGUAAGUGUAUGGUUUUAAAAUGUAUAUUCUGCAUCUUGUGCCAAUUUAGUUAAGUGGUAUUAAUUACAUUUUUAAAGUUCUCGUAUUUUAUGUUAUGCAUCCAACUUCCCAGUCGUUACUGUCAGAUGUUCUAAUAAAGAUUUGU